AUGAACGUUCUGGACCUCGGAUUUUUCAAUGCCAUUCAGUGUCUGCAACAUCAAACCCUCACGACAUCAAUUGAAGAGUUGGUGUUGGCGGUACAUUCUGCUUUCUCUGAUCUGGAUAUGCGCGUCUUGGACAAAACGUUCAUGACGUUGCAGAAGGUGAUGGAGUAUAUAUGUAAAAUAGACGGCGAUAAUGUUUACAAGUUGCAGCACAAGAAGAAGGACACGUUAUUUGUGAACGGCUCACUCCCUCCCCGCCUGGAAUGCGACAGGGAUGCUGCUGCAUCCAUUGAAGCCAUGGAGGAGCGCAUUGACGACGAGCGACGCGUCGACAACAUGAUUGAACUCUUUGAUCUGAUUGCACUAUUCAAGGCCAUGUCCACGUGA